AUGCGCAUUGUAGACUUCUACCGAGCCCUUAUUGCGGUGCUUGCCUUUGCCGCUUUUGUUCAUCUGUCUGCUUGUAACGAGUAUUCAAACGGAACUCUGCCCACUGUUCGUCGUUUCAGAAGAAACCCACGUAGACAGCAUAACCUAGAGGGCAGCUCCCUACAGAACUCGUUUAUAGACGCUAGCGUCGAGUCCAUAGGAUUGCCUAUGUUCAGAGGGCACAAAAGAAGCCAAAAGAUGAUGAUGGAGGAAGAAGCUAACAGAACGAUAGACUGCUGCCCUACCGUUAUGGAGAUGGUGGAACCCCAUGGGGGAAAGAACCAGGAUGGAAUUUUUGUGGAGCUAUAUAGGGAUCAAAACUAUAAACAGAGGUUCUACGAGCUAUCCUGCCACAAGGACGUGAUCAACAAGCCGUGUCGGUUCAUCAACAAGAAACUGCAUGCGCAGUCCCGUUGCGUACAGAAGCACAGCUACACGUACGCGUUGGUGAAGGACACGCCCAGUCACCGGGACAAAAACUUCCCGAUGUUCCCGGCUCAGGGGAGCGACGCGGGAGUCGCGGGAGUGACCUACACUCUGGACUAUAUCAGUGUAAGGAGUGGGUGCAGUUGUGUGGUCCUCAACGGUAGGAAGAAGAGGGGCAAGAAGAAACAUGUCGCCACUGGGGCAGCCGGAAAGACUUAGAAAAUUUGUUCGAGCGAUCUGGAUGUAUGUGUAACGUGUAUUAUGACAGUUCCAGGAAACUAAGCUGCGGUUCGUGGUCGGUUAGAAAUACCCAAGUAGGUUGUAUCACUACAUGCCCUACAACUGACCGACUAAAGUGACAUCAGGUCAAAGACAUAAAUAUCUGAUUAUUACAUUAGUGAUAUUUAAAUUUAGUGUGGGACACGGUCGGAGUUAUACCUUUUUCUGAAGCGCAGUCUGUCAAAUAAGGUUAUGCAUGCUAGCCUCUGUAUGUCGUUUGACGUGUCUAGUGGUAUAACCUAAUUUUUAUAUUUUUUGCUGGAGUAAGUCAGCUAGAAUUGGUAGUAGCUACGGAAAAUUCUAGUCCUUUGGUUACUACAGCGUAUUUAUGUGAAAUUUUAACCGGCGACGAAUUAUUGUGCGUUUGAAUAUGCUUAUUUCUUGGACCUAUGUGCGACAGAGAUUCGUGGCGUGGAGGGGCCACACAAGAGCUUCGACAAUGUCUGCUUCGUACCUACGUAAAUCAACUAAUCAAAUGACAAAUACAUAUAUGCUGUUCCAAGAUCACUAUAUCCAGUUUAUACGACAUUUCUGCUUGGUAAAAUUCUUGAUGGAUCACUUUUUUAACCAUUAUUUCGGUUUUACCGAUGGCAAAACUUGUACCAAAAUAUCAUCAGUAUUCGUGAAUUAGUUUCAACCCUCAAUUGUAUAUUAAAACUGCGGACAGACAUUGGCUUGAGCUUUUGUGACGAUUUCCACACACAUGAUUGUGUCUCAAUAUAAUCGAUAAUUUUAUCCUUCCCUGUGACAGUUACCAAAAUUAAAGAAACUAUAUCAUCCAAACCAGUAUACAUAUACGUGAAAAUGUAUGUCCAACGUAAUUAUAAGGACUUCUGCAGGAUCUUUAUUCUUAUUUCAUACUCAAAAUGAACGACGAUUUUACCUCAAUGAUGAUAUGUUUGUAUGUGGUAUUCUUUCUUUUCAAAAGGUGACUUGAUCUUAGAGAAUAGGAACACUACAGAAAUGUUAUUUGAUAAUGUUCCACGGAUAACUAUUAAAUUAAUGUUAAAGACUUGCUAUUUUGUUGUGAAACAAUUAUGUUCAAUUUGCCAACAUUUGAUGGGGUCAAGUACCAAAAUCGAAAAAGUAGCAUAACUCACCGUACGCUACUGUUAACGCGAUGUGCCUAUGUAUGUGUGAACGGAUCUGACCAUACACAAAGAUGUGGCAUACGAAACGUUACCCUGCUGUCUUCAAUUUUGGUAUUGAAGAUCAAGGUUUAAACGAAUGCAGCCAGGAAUGAAUGAAUUGGUCAUUUAGCUUCUCUUUUCUGAUUGAAACGAUUCGAAAAUAAUGGUUUUGAAGAGCAGAUUCAACGGUAGUUACUUAUUUUUGAACAUAUAUCCUGUUUCAAAAAAGUUCGUCCGAUUCCUUCUAAUAGUUAGCCCUGUGGAUGGAUACUGUGCCAUGGUUUCCUGUUAUUCAUACAUAUAUCAAUCUGAUCACUCGCAUAAUAAAUUACAAUUAAGAUAUAAAGUGAAAUAUUCCAGUGAUACGCGAAAUCAGGAGCAGUUGGGAACGCCCCAGAAAUACCUAUGUAAACAAAAUAUUUUAGCAAAGCAACUAAAGUACUAUUUACGUAGAUAUUACUUUAAAUGGCCGAAAAUGUAUCUCACACUGUCAUAUGUUGGGUAUAUUAGAUACAUCUCGGCCAUAUGAGACAUUACAAAAGACUAGGAUUGGACUAGCUGUUAAUUGCAUUGGCAAACCAUCAGAAAAUUGUGAAAUUCUUACAUUCCCAAAUAGUACGCUGAAUUUCGUUAACUAAUACUUAUUAUAAUAUUUUCGUAGACUGACUCAUCCGCAAGGAAUCCCAGAUACCAUUUGGGGAAUUGCUUUCGGCUUUUUUUUUAAUUAGCAUGCUGUGAAUCUCAACACGAAAAACAAAAGUAUCCAUAAGCCCAAAGUUUUUCAGCUGAUAGUUUCCAAGUUUUACAGCGUAUUGUGGGAUACUUAUUUACGUUUAUAUUAGCAUCUCUGUCAGGUAGUUUACUAAUUACCACCACUGUUGCAAUUCUACCUCAUGUUCAGGGUGGCCAAAAUUUAUAUGGAUGGAGUAUUGUUCCGAGAUACAAAUUUUUUCAAAAAUUGUCCAGGAUGGUUCUGCAGCGUCCCUUUAGAAAUAAAUUUUAAAAUGUUGAGCCCAUGGACGAUUUUGUUUAGAUGAGUAUAUAAAAAAGCCGCAAUCCGUUCCGUAUCAGGUUGUUGCGGGGUCUUUUCCUAUUGAAGUUUUAAUUUGGCGAACGUCUCCAUUGACCCAACACAGAGACAGCGAGGUUUACCCCUUCCUACCCCAGUUAUUGAUAAUCGUAUCCAAGAUAUUCAUGGUUUGCCAAGAAAAACAAUUUGAAAGUUCGUUAAAUACCUACAGCCUGAAUUUAAAUCAGAAAUUGUAUUUUUGGUUAUACCGGCAAAGCAAGCUGCAUACUUCAUUACAUCUCUGGAAAAAAGUAGUUUUAAUUUUUUAAUACUCAUCCUCAAAAAUUAUGGUGCAUUAUGUACUUUACUUUUCACAGUAUUUGCACACAAUGCUUUUAUCGUUUUUAACAGUAUGUACAAACUUAC